CAAACUAGCAACCAGACACCAGCAGCCAGCAACCAGACACCAGCAACCAGUAACCCAACCAAAAAAGGGGAGAGGAGCAGCCUCUCUCGUGAGGCUGAAGGAAGCAGCAAAUCAAUGGGAAAAAGACUAACACCGCAUCAGCAAGAGUCUGGGGGGCAAAACUGAUUGCCUUAGGUUUCUUGAGUGAGAGCAGCCCCAGCUUUGGAUUUGCGUGAAUGAUAAGACUGGCUCGGGUAUACACAUUCCCCCAAGAGGUAUACUUCCUUGGGUUUGUCCUCCUCCUGUGCUUCUAUUGAACAAAAAGGAGUUUCGAUCAAGAAAGCUGCAACAUUUGGGAGCCCAACAAUGUGAUAUGAUUUUUAAUUUUGAGAAAGAUUUUUGAAGCUUGGUAUUGGUUAGAAGAUUUCAGUGUGCAUUCUGCAAGAAUUGAAUGCUUUUGGAUAUCUUCCUGAAACUGCCUGAGGGAUGCCAGCCAAGACACCCAUUUAUCUGAAGACAACCAACAGUAAGAAAGGCAAGAAGAUCAAGCUGAGGGACAUUCUGUCCCCCGAUAUGAUAAGCCCACCUCUCGGAGAUUUCCGACACACAAUUCACAUUGGCAAAGGUGGUGAACAUGAUGUGUUUGGGGACAUUUCAUUCCUUCAAGGGAAGUAUGACCUUUUGCCUGGAAAUCAAGGUAAGACAAAGUUUGGGCAAUAUAGUGGGCACAGUGAAUUUUUAAGGGCAAACAGCACUCCCAACUCUACUUACUCAGACACUCCUUCCCCAGUGCUCAAAAAUGCCAUCUCCUUGCCCAGCAUCGGGGGAUCUCAAGCGCUUACCUUGCCUUUACUGACUGCUGUGACCUUUGUCUCCAAGUCGGAUUCCUCAGCACCUCCCAAACCCCCUCGGCUCCAUCCAGCCACUGAGCAACCCUCAGCAGAGAAUGGUGAGCAAAUGCGGAAUGGGAAAAUCAACGGAGUCGAGAAAGGGGAAGAGAAGUUGCCAUCAGUGUUACAGAAUGGCAAGCACAACGUCAACAACUCAUGCAACUUUAUGGGCCAAACUGUAGAUUGCAAAAAAGUAAAGGUGGAAGAAGAUUCAUACAUAUGGCCUGCUCAGAAUGGAAUGACAAAACUCACCAGCACAUCUGAGGAUUCCCUCCUCAACCUUACAGGCUCCCUUCUGUCCCUUCAACUUGAUCUGGGGCCAUCAAUUUUGGAUGAUGUCCUGUAUGUAAUGGACAAAAAGAAACAGGUGAAGACUCAAUGAAGGGAACAUUGUUGUCAGAAAUUGCCCCAGAAAGAUUAAGCCUCUUCUGUUACAGUACAUUUAAGUCAAUGGGCCUGCAAAUUUUCAUAUUGAGCAUCAAGAAAGUACAAUGGCAAGAUCACUUGAUCCUCUGUUCAUAGUGAAUAGAGACCCUUACUAAAGAUAUUGUGGGCUCACCUGAAAGACAAAGGGUUGGGAAUGUUUUGACUUUCCCCAUCAACACACUCGUAUUAAUGACUGUAAUUGAGAGGAGAGGGAAACUGUGGUGGCGACUGUGGUACAAUUUGCCCACUCUCCUGUCCACACCCUUGACACAUUUGCAUUGUUUGUCCAGUUCUUUAACACGUGCAUAUAGCAAGCUCAGCAGAACAAUGUUAACGGAGAUCACAAGCAUGGUACUGUAGUUACAACAGUAGAGGUAUCUUUAUUUGCACUCUUAUAUCACAGGACAUGUAUCAAUACACAAUGAUACCUUUUUUUCUCAUUCAGGCAAUUAUUAUCAAAAGCUUCUUACGUGUAAUUUCUUCACUGUUUUAGCAGCAGCUUGCCAAAAUUGGUUUUGUUUGCUUUGCUUCAUUUAACCAUAUUUCUUUCUGUGCUUUUAACAAAGGUAAUGUCCCCCUCACCACCACCAGAAACGUAUAUUAUUAGAAAUGUACACAUGUUGCUUAAAACGGCAACAUCCAAACAAGGAUAAAGUGAUGAACAUAUAAAAUCCCUCCUAUGCUGUACUGUCAAUGCCGUAAUACUGUAUCCUGAUUGUGUAGAAGAUCUGUGACAGUGUUUUCCCUUUUGUUGGGCCUUCCUCCUCCCUCAUGUGGAAAAGCAUCACAAUAUUUGUGUAUGCAACGUACAAGCAAGACUGGGUUCCAUGCACGCCAUCUACACAGCGAAAUUGCUGUGCAUGGAAUAGAAAUUCCAGGAUCUGGAAUGUGCACUUACUCCCUGGAGGGACGUGUCUUGCUCACUUAAUUCCGGAGGGUAUUAGGCGCAGGUUGGCAAGAGCCAAGGCUUCAAGUGAAAGGAUUAUUAUUACUGCCACUGGUUUAAAAUGUAAACAUUUGUGCCUCACAGUAUAGCUGCUGUUUUCUUGUGCUAACAUCAGGGCAGCAUGCUAGAACAGUCAGUGGGGGUGAGGUAUGAGCUGCAUGGAAUCUGAUCACUGAAACAGGUUGUUGAAACUAAAAGGUCUGUGUUGGUGAAUAUAGUCCACCCAUAGCCUCUAUCAUCCAAAUCCACUUCCCGUCCGUAGUCUCACCCAAUACCCCUAUUUCCUUCUCCCACAGAUACGCUGAAAGUUAUGGGUACUAUUAUUUUUCUCCCUCAUUCCUCCUCCCAUACUCCUAACCCCUCCAUUUUUUUUGACACACAUGACUGGAAGCUGGCCUGAUUGAAUCAAGGAUCCCCAUUGAGCUCGAGUGAAGAGGAGCUUUUAUAAUAAUAAAAAAUCAGAUCCAAUGAAAUUAGUAACAAAUAAAAUCUUAAAAAUCAUUAGAGGGAUUUCUCCCCCAUUCAAUGUUUUCUGAUUAAAAUGCUAACAGGAAUAUAAGGAACAGGCUGAUUUUCCACACUUAUACCGGCCAGCAGCCAACGUUGUAAAAAUAACAAUAAACCUAAAACGGGAUACUUCACUUAAUGCCAGCAAGAAUAUCUCAGUUGUUAAGCCCACGUGGCAUUGGCAUCAGUUACGUAACUUCUGUACAGUAAUAAAUAACAGAAUCUCUAUAUUGCAUUGAUUAUGUUAUGCUCUUCCUAAUUUCUGGUGCUUUCACACACCAGAUGGAAUGCACAUUGUGGUGUAAGGCUUUAAGCAGUAACAAACUAUGUUUAGAUAUGAUUUUUAUUUUGAAUGCAAUUCAAGGCAGUGAAAAUUAUGACUAAUAUCCGUAUGCUAAUAAAUACUCGAUUUGCACAUUA